AUGGCAAAGGACGAGGAAUCCACUUUAUCUCCUCAUCUUGAUCUGCCAAACGCCAAGGAAGGGUCGAUCUCUCCACAGCAAAAUCCGCGAGAUUAUGAGCCUACAGACGGGGGUUUCAAGGCGUGGUCGACUGUAUUAGGAGCGUCCUUAGUGGGAUUAUGCACUUUUGGUUUUGUAAACGCUUACGGCGCCUUCUCGGACUACUACAAUGAAACAUACCUGUCAGACUACUCGCCCACCCUUAUAUCCAUGAUUGGCGCUUUGCAAGUGUUUCUGCUGUAUAUCUUUGCAGGGUUCGCUGGAGCUGUGUUCGACGCUCUGGGCCCGCGUCUUCUUGUACCUGGAAGCGGAAUCGUUGUCGCGUUCUCGAUAUUUAUGCUCUCGAUCACAAAGCCUCAGAAGAUAUGGCAGCAAUAUUUGUGUCAAGGAGUCUUGUUCAAUGUCGGUGCAACGUUUGGAUAUUUCCCUUGCUUGGCUAUCACUGCACAUUGGUUCCGGCGUAAAAAUGCGUACGCUACUGGGUGUGUCGCCGCAGGAGUCAGCGUCGGCGGGAUUAUAAUCCCAAUCAUGAUGCAUCGGCUCCUCCCAAAGAUUGGCUUUGGCUGGACGAUUCGCAUUAUUGGAUUUAUCUGCCUCUUCUGCUACACCGUGGCGAUGAUCACGAUCUACCCUCGUCGUCCCACGAAGCCUCUCCCUCCAAUGUCCAGACUUUUAGAUUUUGGUGCAUUCAAGCACCCAACAUACAGCCUCUUAGCAAUUGGCGGAUGGAUAUCCAUCUUCUCGACAUUCAAUCCCUUCGUUUAUGUGGGACUGUACGGUUCCGUCGCGUUUGGUGAAUCCAAACUGACUUCGUAUUACCUCGCAAUUCUCUGUGCGGCUUCUAUCGUUGGACGCGUCGGUCAUGGACUGAUCGCUGAUCGCCUGGGAAGGUAUAACCUUAUAUGCGCAGCAACGCUCCUGUCCUCCAUCCUUAUACUCGCACUCUGGUAUACCUCUUCUACCGAAGGCGGUUUGGUCGCCUUUGCUGUUCUGUAUGGAUUCGCUUCCGGCCCUUUCUUCUCUCUCUUCCCCGCUUGCGUGGCACAGAUAUCCCCCAUCGAGCGCGUAGGCGCGCGCAUGGGGAUGAUGUUCACAUUCAUGUCCAUUGGGGCUCUUUCCGGGACACCUAUUGGUGGUGUGUUCAUUCAGACCAAGACGAUUGAGAACUUUCAUAGGUUGAUAUUGUUUUCUGGCAUCGUGGGACUGGGAGGAUCUAUGGUGUUGUUUCUAGCUCGGUUUAGCCUUCAGCGGAAGAUCUUUGUAAUUGUAUAA